AUGCAUUUAUUUAAAGAACUCCUUAUUAUUAUUUUUUUAUCUUUUGUAAUAAAAGCUAGACGUCUUUUUGACAUAAGAAAUGAAACAAGAAAAAAUUUAUCUAAUAACUCAAAAAAAAAUUUUGAUAGUACUAUAGUUGGAUUAAAACGUAUAAAUAGAUUACAAAGAAGAUUAAUGGGUUAUAAAAAUAAGACAGAUAUGACAGAUGAAAACAAUGAAAUACUAAUAGAAGAUCCAUUGACAAACCCAAAUUUAUUUCAAGGUGAUAUUAUUCUUACAGAUAAUCAAGUUAAUCAAAUAGUGUCAGACAUUGUAAAACAAGCUGAUGAAAAGAAAAUUGAUAUAAGCGAUAUUGAAAAUAAAACAAAUAUAUUAAAUCGAGAAAAACGUUCAAUUACACUUAAUCCUACAUAUAAUUGGACUUUUCCGAUACCAUAUUAUGUUGAUACAGGUGUAAAUGCAACAACAGUUGAUUUGGCAUUAGCAGGAAUAGCCGCUGAAACAUGUGUACGGUUUUCUAAAAGUUUAUCUCCAAUUACAGGUAAAGCUGGUUUAAGAUAUUUUCUUGGUUCUGGAUGUUGGUCAUAUAUAGGUAGAAUUUUUAAUGCAACUGCACAAGAUGUAAGUAUUGGAAACGGUUGUGGAUAUAAUGCCAUUAUCCAACAUGAAACUUCUCAUGCUUUGGGAUUAUAUCAUGAACAAGCAAGACCAAAUAGAGAUGAAUUUGUUUUAAUUAAUACAGGAAAUAUUAUAACUGGACGUGAGUCUAACUUUGUAAAAUCAUCGAGUAAUUAUGUAACUGAUUUUGGAGUACCAUAUGAUUUUGGUUCUGUUAUGCAUUAUGGAAGAUUUGAUUUUACAAAAAAUGGCAAUCAAACAAUUUUAUCAAAAGAUGCAUAUUUUGAUAAAACUAUGGGUCAACGUGUUGAAUUAUCAUUUAAUGAUAUAAAACUAAUAAAUCUUAAUUAUUGCUCAUCAAAAUGUACUACAAAAAUAACUUGUAUAAAUGGAGGAUAUCAAAAUCCAAAUAAUUGUUCAAUAUGCAAAUGUCCUAGUGGAUUUACAGGAACUACAUGUUCAGAAAUAGUUGCAAAUACAGCUACAAAAUGUGGAACCAAUAGAUUAACAGCAACAAAUAUUACAAAAACUUUAGCUGUAACUGGAGCUGCUGAUUGUUUUUAUUUUAUCAACACUACUGCGAACAAAAAAAUUAAAAUAACUAUAAAUAAUGCAAAUCUUUAUAAUAUUGAUCCUUGUAUUGCAGGAAAAGCACUUGAAAUAAGAUACAGGAAUGACAAAACAAUGUCUGGAUAUAAUUUUUGUGGAACAGUAACUAAUAAAAUUGUAAUGACUGUAGGAAAUACAGCGUUAAUCCACUACGUUGGAAAAUCAUCUACACAUUCACUCAAUUUAUCAUACAUUAUGGCUUAA